GUAAAUAGACGCCGGAGCCCAAGAUGGCGGAGCCGCCUAGCCCCGGUCGUGGCGCGGCGCCCCCCGAGCAGGAGCCGCUCGGCGCCAGGGCGGCCCCGGACGCGAAGGGUUCCCGCGGGUCCCAGCCGGCCGCCAAGAAGGUGAAGGGAGCCGAGGAGCGGAGCCUGAAGGGCGCGAAGCGCGUCAACGGCGAAGGGGGCGGCGGUGGCGGCGGGAGCGCCAAGCAGCCGCUGCCCGCGGUCGUACCGAGCUACGGCGGCCCCGCGCCCUGGGGCUUCGCCGCGCUGCCCUCGGGUCCCUCGGCGGGCGCGGGGGGCUUCGCCUUCCCUGCCCCGCUGCCCCGGAAGCUGCUGCCGCCCGCGGUGCUGCUGCCGCCGUCCACCUCCCCCUCCUCGUCCCACCCGCAGCACCAGCACCGCCACCACCGGCACCGCCUGGCGCUGGCGGCAGAGCCGGGGGGCGGCGGGAGCGGCGGCAGCGCCAAGCCCAAGAGGCCCAAGGAAAAGCGGGACAAGGAGAGGAGGAAGCACGGGGCGCUGCCCGUGGUGGCGGCAGCGACGGGAGAUGGCGGCGGGGGCCUGAGCCGGGAGGAGAACGGGGAGGUGAAGCUGCUGUUCCCGAAAGCUCAAAUCAAAGACAAAGUUAAAGAAAGGGAAAAGAAGCAAAAAGAGAAGAAGAAGCAUAAAAUAAUGAAUGAAAUCAAGAAAGAAAAUGGAGAGAUCAAAUUAUUGCAGAAAGGUGGGAAGGAGAAACCAAAAACCAAUGCAGAAGAGCUACAGAUUAAAAAAGUUAAGAAGAAAAAGAAAAAGAAACAUAAAGAGAAUGAGAAGAGGAAGCGUCCAAAAAUGUACAGCAAAUCCAUUCAGACCAUCUGCUCAGGAUUGGUUUCUGAUAUUGAGGAUCAGGAAACCAAAGGCAUCAUAGAUGAUCAUCUUAAGGAUUUCAGUGGGAAAAAUAUGGAUCCCAAGAAGGACUGUGAGUCCAAGAUACCAGAGAACAGUGAGUUUCCAUUUGUCUCGUUAAAGGAGCCACGGGUUCAAAAUAAACUCAAAAGGUUGGACACAUUGGAGUUCAAACAGCUGAUUCAUAUUGAGCACCAGCCUAACGGAGGUGCAUCAGUUAUCCAUGCCUACAGUAAUGAACUCUCCCACUUGUCUCCUGUGGAGAUGGAGAGAUUUGCAGAAGAGUUUGUGGGUCUGGUUUUUAGUGAAAAUGAAAACUGUGCAGCUUACUAUGUAAUGGGUAUUGUUCAUGGGGCAGCUACUUAUUUACCUGACUUUUUAGACUACUUUUCGUUUAAUUUUCCCAAUUCACCAGUGAAAAUGGAGAUUUUGGGAAAGAAAGAUAUAGAGACAACGACUAUGUCAAAUUUUCAUGCUCAGGUAAAAAGAACAUACUCUCAUGGUACGUAUAGAGCUGGCCCAAUGAGACAGAUCAGCCUGGUUGGAGCAGUUGAUGAGGAAGUGGGGGAUUACUUCCCUGAAUUCCUUGAUAUGUUGGAAGAAUCACCCUUCUUAAAAUGUACACUGCCAUGGGGAACACUUUCUAGUUUAAAAUUAGAGAGUCGUAAAGACAGUGAUGAUGGUCCCAUUAUGUGGGUACGUCCAGGAGAACAAAUGAUCCCUGUGGCUGACAUGCCAAAGUCACCUUUCAAAAGGAAGAGAACUACCAAUGAAAUAAAAAACUUGCAGUACCUACCUCGAACCAGUGAACCCCGUGAAAUGCUAUUUGAAGACCGGACACGAGCCCAUGCAGAUCACAUAGGACAAGGCUUUGAACGACAGACUACAGCUGCUGUGGGAGUGUUGAAGGCUGUGCACUGUGGGGAGUGGUCUGAGCAGCCUCGUAUAACCAAAGAUGUAAUUUGUUUUCAUGCUGAGGACUUCUUGGAGGUAGUUCAGCGAAUGCAGUUAGAUUUGCAUGAGCCUCCACUCUCACAGAUUGGAGCAUAUGAUCAACAAAUAUGGGAAAAGUCAGUAGAGCAAAGAGAAAUAAAGGGUUUGAGAAACAAACCAAAGAAAACAGGGCAUGUGAAACCAGACCUCAUAGAUGUUGAUCUUGUAAGAGGAUCUGCUUUUGCUAAAGCAAAACCUGAAAGUCCUUGGACAUCUUUGACCCGCAAAGGAAUCGUGAGGGUUGUUUUCUUUCCGUUCUUCUACAGGUGGUGGCUACAAGUGACAUCACGGGUCAUUUUUUUCUGGCUGCUUGUUCUUUACCUUCUCCAAGUUGCUGCUGUAGUGCUAUUCUAUACAGCCCAAAGCCCACAUAAUAUACCUCUGACUGAAGUCAUUGGGCCGAUAUGGCUAAUGUUGCUACUUGGGACUGUGCACUGUCAGAUUGUUUCAACACGAACUCCUAAGCCACCUCCUAGCACAGGGGGUAAAAGAAGAAGGAAAUUAAGGAAAGCAGCACAUUUGGAAGUACAUAGGGAAGGAGAUGGCUCUAGUACCACAGAUAACACACAGGAGGGAACAGUGCAGAGCUACGGUACAAGCACCUCUUGCAGUAUUGGCGCUGUCUUCAGAGAUAUCUGGCAUGCUGCUUUCUUUUUAUCAGGGUCUAAGAAAGCAAAAAACUCAAUAGAUAAAUCCACGGAGACUGACAAUGGCUACGUUUCCCUUGAUGGGAAAAAGACAGGUAAAGGCAGUGAAGAAUGUGUGCAGGCCCACGAGCGUCGCUGUGAAGUGAUCAGGCCAGAAGAGACAGGGUGGGGCACUUCGACAGCAAGAGAGGUCUUCAGCAAUCACAGUCAUCACAAAGAUACUCACAGGAUUGUGACAAAUUUAUCAGAUGAAGUUUCCAGCGAGGAAGGGCCUGAAACUGGAUAUUCUUUACGUCGCAAUGUAGAACGCACUUCUAGUGAUUGUACCCUUAGAAACAGGAAAUCUCACCAUUACAAGAAACAUUAUCCUCUGGAGGAUACACCUAAAUCUGGUACAAGCUGCAGUUCUCGGUGUUCGAGCUCCAGGCAGGAUUCUGAGAGUGCAAGGCCGGAGUCGGAAACCGAAGAUGUGCUGUGGGAGGACCUGUUGCACUGUGCAGAGUGUCACUCGUCCUGUACCAGUGAGACAGAUGUGGAAAGCCCUCAAGUGAAUCCAUGUGUGAAGAAAGAAUACAGAGAUGACCCCUUUCAUCAGAGUCAUUUACCUUGGAUCCACACUUUGAAUCCAGGACUAGAAAAAAUAAGUGCAAUUGUAUGGGAGGGUAAUGACUGCAAGAAAGCAGAUAUGUCUGUGCUUGAAAUCAGUGGUAUGAUAAUGAAUAGGGUGAACAGCUAUAUACCAGGAAUUGGUUAUCAGAUUUUUGGAAAUGUCAUAUCUUUAAUCUUGGGAUUAAUGCCCUUUGUCUUUCGACUUUCCCAAGCUAAAGACUUAGAACAACUAGCUACACAUUCUGCCACUGAACUUUGCAUGACUGCAUUUGGAUCAGAUGGAGACAUUCUGGUUCUCUCAAUGGUUAUUAUAAGUUUCGUGGUCCGUGUGUCUCUAGUGUGGAUUUUCUUUUUCUUGCUAUGUGUAGCAGAGAGGACGUAUAAACAGAGGCUACUCUUUGCCAAACUUUUUGGUCAUCUAACAUCUGCCAGAAGGGCAAGAAAAUCGGAGGUUCCUCACUUCCGCUUGAAGAAAGUACAGAAUAUAAAAAUGUGGCUUUCUCUCAGGUCCUAUCUAAAGCGUCGAGGUCCUCAGCGCUCUGUGGAUGUAAUAGUUUCAUCUGCCUUCCUACUGACUAUCUCAGUUGUGUUUAUCUGUUGUGCACAGCUGCUUCACAUGCAUGAGAUCUUUCUUGAUUGUCACUACAACUGGGAACUCGUAAUUUGGUGCAUUUCACUAACUCUUUUUCUCUUAAGAUUUGUUACUCUUGGAUCUGAAACUAGUAAAAAGUACAGCAAUACCUCAAUAUUACUUACAGAGCAGAUAAACUUGUACUUGAAAAUGGAGAAAAAGCCUAAUAAGAAGGAGGAACUGACACUAGUGAACAAUGUUUUAAAACUUGCUACUAAGUUAUUGAAGGAACUGGACAGUCCCUUUAGGUUAUAUGGGCUUACAAUGAAUCCACUGCUUUACAACAUCACCCAAGUUGUCAUCCUGUCAGCUGUUUCUGGUGUCAUCAGUGACUUGCUUGGAUUUAAUCUAAAGCUCUGGAAGAUCAAAUCUUGACGGUAUAGAAAGAAGAUGAAAUAACAGUGUUAUAGAAAAGCUCAUUGAUGGACAAAACUGCCUCAAAGCAGCCACUGAAUCUGUAUUUCAGAUGCUACAACCUCUACAAGGAUGUCAUUUGGAAAACUGAAGUGUUUACAUCUGUCUUGUGCAAUCUUUAUAUUUAUUUCAUCUUCUCCCUGGUUUAUGUUCAUUUUAGUUGACAUAUUUUAUUUUCAAACUUACUUGUUUAGUUUUGGAAAAGGUCAGAUUUGCAAAGGGUCAAAAACCGUGUGUCUGAGAACUUGAAAUCCUGAAAAUAGAUUACACUAAAUUACUCUGUUAUUACAGCUGAAACCAAUGCUGGACAUUUUUAAUUACAGUAACACUAUAUGGAAAUCAUUUGAUAGUAUGGUAAAAUUGCUUAGAAUAUUUAAUUUGUAUCAGUCAUUUAUGAGGACAACAUAACAUCAAUAAAUGUUUGGUUGCAAUAGAAAAAAUGAGACAUAUACAAAACAUGAAGUACUGACAAUACAGUAUGAUAGGUAGCAGAAAUAUUUUAUAUUACUAUUAGAAACAAGUGGGAAUUUCUAAUAUUUUGAGUAAUUCCAGGAUCUAAACUCAUUUAGGCUGCAGUUUAAAUAUCCUGGGAUAUUAAUAAGAUAUUAUUUAACAAGUCAACAAGUGUUCUUUGAAAACACUUUUAUUAGAGCAAUAAUUGUAAAUGGUUACCAUGCUGUAUGAUAUUUUGAUAAAAAUUAAAUAUUGUAUUUAUUUGAAAUACUGGGCUGUUCUGUGCAGCUCUGACUGUGCAUGUGCACUUUUUAUUGUUACUUUUAAUGAGAAACUUUAUACAUAUAAAUGUAUAUUAAUUGGAAUAUAUUAUGGUGAACUAUGGAGCAGUAUGUAUUAUAUGUUGAAGUUGAGUAUUUAAACAAGAAUUAUUUACUGGUGAAAGGAAUGCUAUGAAUGACUUAGCAAAAGAUAGAUAGAUGCUCUCCUCUUGUACACUAUAGUAUAUGCCAUUCUUACCACAUUGAAGUUUAAGAACAGCUAAACACAGAGAAGAAGUUUCUCUGGUGAGCAGCAGAGCUCAUGAAGCCUGGUAUUGGGCAAAUAUGUGUCUUCAAAUAACCUCCCAUUCCUCCCCAGCAGGUGUCAUUCCCUAGUGCUUUCCACUGGGGUUUCACAGCCGUGGGUGUCACACCUCUCCCUCUGCCUUCUGUUCCUGCCUCCCACAUGGACAGUCAUAUAGACUCCUGAUUCUUCAGUGUGACAAAAAUAUGUGUUCAUCCCUGUAGAGUUAAGUUACUUGGAACAAACUUUCAUUCUAUAAAUUAACUUCGAACAAAUUUUCCUUCUACAAAUUCUUUUGGGAGGAUUAAUAUCACCAGGUGCGAGUAUUCUUACAUUUUAUGUUUUUAAAAUAGCGGCUUCAUAUUGAAAAAUUAUAAGUAAUUUUGUGACAAGAAUCUGAACGUUGCACUAUGUUUGCUAAUUUUCAGAAUCUUGAAAGAUUUGAAGUAAACUUAUGUGGUAUAAAAAUAUUUUUAUAUAUAAAGCAACACAAACAAGCAUUUUGUAUUUUAUUUGCCUCUGUACUAAUGUUUAAUAAUGACCAAAGUGCAUUCUGGAUUUUGGAAGAAUGUAUUACUGGAGCUUUAAGAACAUACUAUAUUUAGUUUCUCAUGUGAAAACUUCAGCUGUAUCUGAUCUGUUUCUCCUUUCUCUGUUGUUUGAUGUUGGGAUUGUUUUUAAAAAUUAAGUACAUUUUAUACACAGUUUUUUCCAAAUUAUGGUACAGACCUACACAGAACUUAAUUUUGCACAAAAUAUAUUUAAAAAAAAAAAAAAAGACAGCAGGAGUUCUAUGGGUGAUCAAAGCUAAGGCUGUUGCUUUUUACAGCCUGUCAUUAUUACAAAACCAUUCUUUACUCUAGAGUGGAAUUAUUUUUAGAAAUGUGAAAUAGUGAAUAUAUGGCUUUCAUUACUUUUAAAAAAAAGGAGGGAGAGAAAACACUGCGGUUUUGGUCGAAGAUGAAAUUAGUUUAACCAUGUAUACCUCAGCAACUAGCACUGUGCUGGAUUGUUGCACUAACAAAUGGUGGCUUGGGGAAAGUAAAAGAUUUUUGAAAUGAAAUUAAAAAUAAUAAAAACCUUUAUUUGCUACCCUUAGGUAUAUUCAUUAUGUUAAAAAAUGAGAGAGAUUUAUUCUCCAUCCCUCAAUGUGGAAAGUCCAGUAUAAGAAUAGAGGCAAGUAGAAAUAUGGCAGAUCUUGCGUGUUAACUGUUAUUUUUUGCCACGUGUUUUGUAACUGAAAGUGUGAUCAGGCUUGGAAUAAAGCUUUCUAUGGCUGAUGGUAAAAAAGAAAAGAA